UCGUAUCAUGUGCUCCACUAAAAGCAAUAGCUUCAAGUUUUUUAUAAAAUGGCAGUUUGGUGUGGUUUAGGAGAUUAAUUCACGUGAAAAGAACAGGAGAGAGUGUGGAAAGCGCAAAGAGUGUGCUGCAGCGUGUCUGCGUGAGAUCGACAGAAAAAACAGAAAAAAGGCAAUGUGAGAGCCGCUGAGGAAAAUUUUGAUGAGAGAAUAAUAGCGUCUGCCAUUGCAACGAAAAUAGGAAAAUUUUGCUUAGUAUUUUUUGGGUGCUACGACCACGACGAAGAGUGUUUGGAUUCAAGGCGAGUAAAGAUAUCAAGAGACCCUUAUCGUUAGACAUAAAUCAAUGGAGGGUGCGAUUCAAUGCUCUGCAAACUUUGUACCUUUGACACCUAUAGGUUUCUUGGAGAGAGCAGCCAUUGUGUAUGGUGAUGAGGUUUUCAUGGUUUAUGGUACUGAGAAAACUACUUGGGGAGAAACACAUGAACGAUGCAUCAAGCUUGCUUCUGCUUUGGUCCAACUGGGGAUUUCUCGUGGUGAUAUUGUUGCGGCUUUUGCACCUAAUGUUCCAGCACUCUAUGAGCUACAUUUUGGCGUUCCAAUGGCUGGGGCAGUUAUUUCUGCACUUAACACCAAGUUAGACUCAACCAUGUUAGCCUUGUUAUUGGAACAAUUGGAGGCCAAAAUUAUUUUUGUAUACUAUGAGUUCCUUGAAGUUGUUCUUGGAGCAUUAAACAUACUUUCCGAGAGAGAAGGCAAACCACCCCCACUUGUUUUAAUAGCUGAGUGUGAUAAAAAAUCAUUCUCAAUUGUUGAAGCAACCCCACCAGGUAGCCUGGACUACAAUGACCUUCUUGCAAUGGGACAAGCAGACUUUGAGAUAAUUAGACCCAAAAAUGAAUGUGAUCCUAUUUCAGUGAAUUACACCUCUGGCUCAACAGGGAUUCCUAAAGGAGCAAUAUAUAGCCACAGAGCUGCCUAUCUCAAUUCAAUAGCAACAAUUUUUCGCAUCAAUGUGAGAGAAAAGCUUGUGUUUUUAUGGACUGUUGAUAUGUUCCGCUGCAAUGGGUGGUGUUUCCCUUGGGCAGUGGCUGCUCUUGGUGGCACAAAUAUAUGCCUCAGAAGUACUCUAACGGCAAAACUUAUAUUUGAUGCAAUUCUUGUUCACAAGGUAACUCACUUGUGUGGUGCACCCAUCAUUUUAAACAUACUAGCAAAGUCUCUUGCGAGGUCAUUGCCAUUCAAAGUGGAAAUUAUUGUUGCUGGUCCAUUACCACCACCCCAGGUUGUGACCAAGGUUAUUGAAUUAGGCUUCAAUGUGAGCCAUGGCUAUGGUAUGACAGAGGCUCUUGGCCCAGCCAUUGUUACCCCAUGUACACCCGAGUUGCAAUAUAGUUCAACCUUGGAUGAACAAGCCAAAACAAAACGUCUUGAAGGGCUUCACAACCUUAUAAUGGAUGGGGUCGAUGUAAAAGAUCCGAGUACUAUGAAAAGCAUACCUCAUGAUGGGAAAACCAUUGGUGAGGUAAUGUUUAAAGGCAAUACUAUGAUGUUGGGGUACUUUAAAAAAUCAAAAGUAACUCAAGAAGCUUUUAGGGGUGGAUGGUACCGUACAGGGGACCUUGCAAUUAGACAUCAAGAUGGUUUUAUAGAAAUGAAAGACCGUGCAAAGGAUAUGAUCAUUUGUGGGGGUGAGAUUGUAAGCUCACUUGAAGUAGAGGCAGUGUUGCUAAGUCAUCCAAAGGUGUUUGAAGCUGCUGUGGUGGGAACAAACAAGCCUUGUGCAUUUGUGAAGUUGAAGGAGGGGUGCGAUAAUUGUGUGCCAGAAGAGAUUAUUGAGUUUUGUGGGGAGAGAUUGCCAAAGUAUAUGGUUCCCCAUAGUGUUGUUUUUGGGGAUUUGCCAGUCAAUUCAACUGGCAAGAUACAAAAAUUUGUUCUUAGAGAGAAGGCCAAGACCAUGGGUGUGUAGAAUGGCUCUCUAAAAUGAGCUCGAUUGAUUGCACAACCAUUGUACAAUGUUUGUUGCUUGUGUGCUUGUUAGAAGAAAAUAAAGUAACUUGGUUACUGUAUGAA